CCUGUCAACGCUUAAAUUCGGAAAACAGUUGAAAUUGAAACUUUUUUUUGUGGUUUUCUUUCAUUUUAAUGAAUUUUGAAUAUUUUGAUACUUGGCGACGUAUUGUUUGCGUUAUUUGUGCGUCGCACUUAAGUAAUUGAGUUUUAUCAGUGAUUAUUUAGGGCAAAAACGAUGGAAGUCGACGGCGCCGAAAACUGGAACAAUAACCCUGCCGACGGAGGAAAAUUUGUUAAUUUGAAGGCUUUUGUGACUGCUGCUCGUGAAUUUGAGGCUACCCAUAGUGAAAAUGCUGUUAAUUUGAUGACUAGAUACCUAGGGUUGAUAGCUUCUUCGUGUGAUCUGACAAUAUUUUCCCCCGGGCGCUCCGAGGUGUGCGCCUUUUUCAGUUCACUAUGGCGCGUCAUGUGUGAUAGCAGAGGUCCACAUUGGGCUGGGGUGGCCGUGCUUUCUCGGGCUGCUAUUGAGCCCAGCGCUAGACAUGCUCUAACUCAUACAUACAAGUUCAUGCCUAUUCUUUCAAGACUUUUGACGGACUCUAUAUCAAAUGAUAAGAAAAUCAAGGUGCUUUCUGUUAUGCAGGACAUAUCAUAUGGUAUAAAAAUAAGCUGGCAAGAGUCUUACCUAUCUGAGCUUAUGAAACAGCUAACUGAUUGGAUCACCCAGCCAAUGACAGAGCCGCAACACAGAAUGAUCGGCCACAAGUCUCUCACAGUACUCGUGAAUGUGUGCUACGGAAAUCUGCCUGCGAUUUACGCUUUGAUGAGGACUGUUGACACCAAGGAGUUUGUUGUCCAUCUUAUUAGUUUGAAGGAUGGCGGUUAUGGUGGUGUUGAAGUGUGUAGACUACUUCUCUGUCUGUCCGGUGCCACAAGAGGCGCCGCUUCGACGAGGCAGCCCGAUGUCCAUAGCUACCUGUGUUGCACCAUGAGGACCUUCAACAAGGCUGUAGUUGAGCGAGAUUCAACUCAGCUGCUGCACGCAUACACAUUCAUCAAUGAUCUAUGUACGGAUUCAAACCUGAGAGGUUUCGUGCUUACGUAUCCCAACUUCACUACAGCUUUGAAGGAUGGUUUACCGGAAGUGGACAGCCUUUGCAAAUUAGCUCCGGACGACACCGGGGAGUCGGAACAAGUGAACAGUUGUCUUAGAAACGCUUUGAAGUUCCUCACGGUAUUAGUAAAUUUGGAUCUUUACUCAUUGCGAUGUUACCAUAUACAAUUGGUGUGUCUGUGUAUGAAGGCGAGUCGCGUCAGUCUGCCGGAAGCCUUAGAAUUAUUUGCGGCAAUCGUUUUACAAUAUAGAGAUGAAGGUAGACUGCCACAAGAGCUGAUAUCAGUUAUUAGUGAUGGCCUCCCCAGUCUACUGGUGCCGCCUUCUCUCGAGCCUGGAAAAGCUGGUUUACAAUGGCUCCAAGUCCUAGGCGCUCUAUGCGAGUCGAGCGAAACUCAAGAGAGGGUGUUACAUGAGGUCACACCAGAUACAUUUGAAGACACCCUGUAUAACGUACUCCAGUAUACGUCUCAGAACGGCACGUGCGGCGUGGAGUCGGCACAGAGCGCAGUAGUGGUGGCGUGCCGCACCGCUCUGUGCCUGGCGCCGCUCUCCAGGCAGUGGGACGCCGCUCUCAACAGGCUGCUGGCUCAUCAUCAGGUCCGAAAAAUGCUGUGUGCUGGAUUAACUAGCGGCAAUGGAACGCGGAGGAAGCAGAUUUUGCAACUAGUCAAACACCACUACUUUCCCUCCGAUCAGAUGAGUCAAGUGUUCGGCGAGAGUGUACACAUCGUCCCGGAAUCGCCGCCGUCGCUGGAGGCGGGCGACGCAGCGGCGGCGUGCUGCGCGGCCGUGCGUCCGCAGCAGGAGCGCGCCGUCGACGGGCUGGUGGCGAGGCUGGCGGACGCCUUGACCAAUGGGAAGAUCUCUGACAUAGCGACGUCGAGUGUGAUGGAGCUGUACGGCUACAAGAUGACGUGUUUGGAACAACGGCUACACUCGCAUUCUGUCGCCUUGCAGGGAGCCAGCGAGCAUAUGGCGUCAUUACAACAUUCCCUUGCCAUGCUGCAAGCGACGAACAGUUCUCAACAAGACGUCUUGUAUACCACGCAGAUGCAAAACGAAAAACACAAACAGACCAUAGAUGAACUCCACAAACAACUAGAGGACGCCGAGACGACACUGCGCGGGUUCAGAGCGAAGUUGGCGGCGGAACGGUUAGACAAAGAGAACCAGAAGGAGAAUUUGCAGAAACAGUUCAAACAACAAAUCAAUAACAUGGAGGGGGAAAUGAAAGCGCGCGAGAGGGAGAUGGAAGACCGAUUGAAACAAGCCGAGAGUGAAUACAAAGCGUUGCAGAAGAAAUUGGAACAACAGACAAACAAAAACAGCGAGUUAGCAGGCGUACUGAUAAAAUUCGAGGAGCGAGUGAAACAGCGCGAUAAAAGACUGGAGGAUGCGAGCGAGACGGAAAACUCGCUCAAACGAGAGUUGGCGCAAAGAGAUAAUAUGAUAAAGCAACUAGAGAAGACAGUGGCCGAGCGUGAGAACAGACUGUACCAGGUGACGUCACAACUGGAAGAGAUGAAACGCGUUCAGGAAAUGGUCGCCAAGUUGAUGUCCAAGAGCAGCGCCACGCCCGCCAGCUAACGGUAAAAAUAAAACUUCGAAAAAGAUCUCAACAAAAUUCUUGGAGUAGGUAUCAUGAUUUUACAUUUUUAUACUACGAUGUUUUACGCCAAAAAAAUCAUGAUUAUUUACUAUUUUUCAUAUUGCGUAUAUGAAGGUGAUUGAAUGGAAUUGUAUGGAAAUUAAUGAUGAUAUUGUAUAGAAUAUUUUAUUACU